AUGGGGCCCCUGUGUCCUUGCCCACACUCAAAAAAGCCUAUGAAAAAAGGUACCAGGGGCAUCUCAUGGGGCCCCCUACUGACCCCGGGCCCUCGGGCAGGGGCCCCAUGAGAUGCCCCUGGUACCUUUUUCAUAGGCUUCUUUGAGUUUGGGCAAGGACACAGGGGCCCCAUGAUCCCCUAUUGCCCGGGGGCCCAUGAGUUGUCAGUCCGCCCCUGCUGUGAUCAUCAGGAUCUCAGUUUUUCUCUCUUUCAUAAACAGACACCUUA